CUGUCCAUCCAGAGAUGAGUUUCCUCUCAUCGAGACUGAAGACAAAGCUUUACUGCGCAGACUCAGAGCGGACAUCCAGCAGAAGGACCGGGAGGUGCUGGAGCUCCUGCAGGAGCGAGUGACUCUGUUCUCUGACCUGGUGGAGGCCACAGGAAGAGGAGGAGGAGAGGAAGAGGAGGAGAUCAGCUCCUCCUCCUCUUCCUCCUGCAGGAACCUGUUCAGAGCAAACUCCUCUGCUGCUCCUCAGGCGGAGCAGCUCCUCCUCACCUCCAUCGCUGAAGUGGACAGGCUCAGUGAGCUGCUGCUGGAUUCGAGUCUCCAGAAGAAUGUGACCAAUGGCAGCCAGGAGCUCAGCAACGGUGACUCUGGAUCUCUGAACGGUUCUUUUGAUUCAAAUAUCUCUUCGAAGGACAGAAACGGUAACCAGCUGCAGGAACGAUCCCUCAACCAGGAAGUCCGUCAGCGCCUGGUCAGCCUGAGCACGCAACUCCACGCACUGCAGGCUGCUGUGAUUCGUCAAGACUCGAUCCUGGAGCUGUCACUCACCACAGGCCUUGCCCCCUCCCUGCCCACAGGCCCCGCCCUCACCCGCUCUCUCUCAGGGGAGGGGGGGGAGGCGGGACUUCUGCGGCGACAGGUGGAGCUGCUGCAGGAGGAAGUGACACGUCUGCGCCUGAAGGGGGAGGAGCCAAUCAGGGAUGGGGCAGGCUCUAGGAGACGGAGCAACGGAGACAUCAGUGAUGUCAUGAAGGGGGAACAGCAGCAGGUGAGCAGGAGGCGUGGAAGCAGGGAGUUGGAGCCCCGCCCCCUCGCACCAUUGGCCACCCAGGAGCCCGUCGACCAAUUAGACGGCGUCCAGGAAACAAACGGGGAGAAAAUCUCUCCUCGCUCCGACAGCCCGAGAGACCUGCAGGAUAUCCCGGAGGAGAGCGAGUGCGGGGCGGAGCCCAGUUAACAUCCAGAGACUUUCAUUGGUUCCUGCUGUCAGAAACAGGAAGUAUCACAGCUGGAGCCCCGCCCACAUGUGCUGGAGGGGGCGGGGUUUACAUUGUGAGACACCACACUACAUUACCCAAAAUGCCUUUGGAUGUCAGCAUCUCCAGUGUUGACGUUAUAAAGUGCUGUAAACAAAGCGUGUAAAUGUAUUUAUAUUAAAGUAGUUUAACGUCAUUCUGGGACCAAAAACAUUUU